GCCUAGAGAAGGGGCGGGGCUCACUCCGACCUGGACCUGGAGCUGCCCUCGCCCUUUCUGGCCGCCGCCGCCGCCUCCUCCUGCCGGCGCUGCGCAGGGUUUCUCCUUUAGGCGCUGCGGGUCCUGAGCACCGACUUCCAGGCACAGGUUUUCCAAAGGACAAGGAAGAUGGAAGCAUCUGCAAACCAGUUGCAGCCACUGAGUGACAGUCAAGUGGCCAACUCGGAGGGCGAAUGCAUAUGGCAGGUCACAGACAUGAACCGGCUGCACCGCUUCUUGUGUUUUGGUUCUGAAGGUGGUACCUACUAUAUCAAAGAACAGAAGCUGGGUCUCGAAAAUGCCGAAGCUUUAGUAAGAUUGAUUGAAGAUGGCAGAGGAGGUGAAGUGAUACAGGAAAUCAGGUCGUUUAGUCAGGAAGGCAGGACUGCAAAACAAGAGCCCUUGCUGUUUGCACUUGCCAUUUGUUCCCAGUGUUCUGACACAAAGACCAAACAGGCAGCCUUUAAAGCUGUCCCCGAAGUUUGUCGCAUUCCAACCCAUCUCUUCACUUUUAUCCAGUUUAAGAAAGAUCUGAAGGAAAGCAUGAAGUGUGGAAUGUGGGGGCGUGCUCUCCGGAAGGCCGUUGCAGACUGGUACAAUGAAAAAGGUGGCAUGGCCAUUGCUCUGGCAGUUACAAAGUAUAAGCAAAGGAAUGGCUGGUCUCACAAAGAUCUACUGAGACUGUCUCAUCUUAAACCUUCCAGCGAAGGACUUGCUGUUGUGACCAAAUAUAUCACAAAGGGCUGGAAAGAAGUUCACGAACUGUAUAAAGAAAAGGCACUUUCUGUGGAGACUGAAAAACUGUUAAAAUAUCUGGAGGCUGUGGAGAAAGUGAAGCGUACGAAAGACGAGCUGGAGGUCAUUCAUCUAAUCGAAGAGCACCAGUUAGUUAGGGAACAUCUGCUCACAAACCACUUGAAGUCUAAAGAGGUAUGGAAGGCUUUGUUACAAGAAAUGCCCCUUACUGCACUCCUGAGGGAUCUGGGAAAGAUGACUGCUAAUUCAGUGCUUGAACCAGGAAAUUCUGAAGUAUCUUUAGUAUGUGAGAAACUGUGCAAUGAAAACCUGUUCAAAAAGGCUUGUAUACAUCCAUUUCAUGUUUUAAUUGCAUUAGAAACCUACAGAACAGGCCAUGGGCUCAGAGGAAAACUGAAGUGGACCCCAGAUAAAGAAAUUUUGCAAGCAUUGGAUGCUGCUUUUUAUAAAACAUUUAAGAUGGUUGAGCCAACUGGGAAGCGUUUCCUGCUGGCUGUUGAUGUCAGUGCCUCUAUGAACCAGAGAGUUUUGGGGAGUAUACUCACUGCUAGUACUGUUGCUGCAGCAAUGUGCAUGCUGGUCACACGAACGGAAAAAGAGUCUUCAGUAGUUGCUUUUGCCUGUGAUGUGGUACCUUUUCCUGUGACUACAGACAUGACCUUGCAGCAGGUUUUAACAGCUAUGACUAAAGUCCCAGCAGGUAGCACCGAUUGCUCUCUUCCAAUGAUCUGGGCCCAGAAGACAAACACAGCUGCCGACGUCUUCAUUGUCUUCACUGAUAAUGAGACCUAUGCAGGAAAGGUGCCUCCUGCUGUUGCCCUGAGGGAGUACCGAAAGAAAAUGGAUAUUCCUGCUAAAUUGAUUGUUUGUGGGAUGACAUCAAAUGGUUUUACCAUCGCAGACCCAGACGAUAGAGGCAUGUUGGAUAUGUGCGGCUUUGAUACUUCGUCUCUAGAUGUAAUUCGAAAUUUUACAUUGGAUGUAAUUUAACCAUAGGUACCAGAAUGACCUGAGGGGUUCACUGCUGUAGUGGGCUUCACGGAAAAGUUACAGCUACUUCCCAGCUAAAUGCAGUAGUGAGCAGUGUCAUCGGUGUGUGUGUGACGGAAAUGGACUUUGCCAAGAGCAGGAAAAGAGGGAAGGAAGGAAGGAAGAUCAUGUUGAACCCAAAGGUGCAUGUACUCAGUAGCUCUUGAGAAGUCUUCAGGAUACUGUAGCUUUCUUUAUAGAGAACUUCUUUUUAAUAGACACUGUAAAAUCGUCGUGUUUUGCUCCAGUGAAUCACUCAUUUGUACUUUCAGCAGCUAAGAUGCAAAAGUGUAAGUAGCCUCACAUGUCACUGUUUGAGAAGUGCUUGCUUUCUUAAAUGUUUUCAUUGGAAAUGGACAGUUUUUAUAAUGUCCAAAUACUCUGAAGUGCACUAGACCAUGUGACUGUGAUGGAAAUGAACCUCACAGGGUAAACUUUAUACAAACGGGUUUAAAAAAAUACUAAGACACUUGGUACAACUAAAUUAUGAAUGAGUUUUAAAAUCCAGAAUUUUCUAAGAUCAUAUGAACAACAGCUGUCUUAUCAAUGAAAAGGGUGUUUUAUUUCAGGUGUUUUGUUUGUACUUGCUAGACUUUGUUGCCAUUUGGUCAGAACAUGAUGGCCAUCCCUAAGGGACUUGUUGAGUUUGUGUAAACGGAGGAAUUUGAUUGUGUCCUUGUAUUUACUGCCGUAAGUGAAGACACACUUAAGGAUUCCCUCUGAGCAUCAAUAGUGUCUCAUACUUAACACUUUCCUAUUUUCAUCUUUUUUAUGGAAACAAAAUGUUUCCAUGUUUAAGUCCCCCCAUCCAUAAUCCUGGUAGUAUAACAAUUAAAAUCUCAACUGUUAAACUCUUCCCAUACCUCUAAAAUACCUUGAACUACUUUUUAUAUUUUUCUAAUAUUAAUUUUAUCUGUAGUCUUUUCUAUUUGUGUCCACUACUCAUCUUGUGUCUUAUUUCUUAUUGGAUAGAAAUAUAGAAAUUAUAGAAAGUAUAGAAAUAAUAAAGCAAGCUAGAUCCUUCAAGUUCAAAGGCAAUUUUAGAGUAGGCAGCUAUCAACCAGUCAGUCUGUGCAGGAAAUCUAAAAACAUGUUUUGUGUAACUUAAAUUUCUUUUUUGCCAUACUAACAUGCAUUCUUUAAUUGAGCACUCACAUUUUCAUUGGGAGGUUUAGCAUGAAAGUGGCCUAUUGAAAGGCUGUAAGGUAGUUUAUACUAAAACUUUAAUUUUUUUAUGUAUUCUUUAAAUAUUGAAGGUUUACUGGGGGCUUAUAAAGCCCUCUCACUUUAUAUGAAAACUCAAAACUAGAAAGUGUAGGUUACAUAACCUUAUUAUUUAGAGGGUAAAGUUUUUUAUUUUGGGAGGGAAGUGUCUUUGCUAUUGUGAAAAUUUGUGUAUACAUGUUCUUCUUUUUCCUAAGAAAAUUAGGCUCUAAAAACCGGAAAAUGUUCCCUUCCGAUAGAUUUCCUAUAUUAGUGAGGUUGAAUAUGUAGCUGUUCUUUCUUUCUCUGCCAGCCUCCCACCCCCUGUAGGUAUUUUUUCAAGCCAGUAACAGUUCUACAGUGUGGUUAGCAAAGAUAGUAAGUAUUACCUUCCACUCUAAACACCAUGGCUUCUGAUGUUGUUCUGGCUUUAACCCUGGUCACAUGGGGAAUUUCACAUCUUUACUUUUGAUACAUUAAAGUUUCAUAUUCAAACUGAAUUUAAGAAAAACUCUAAGAAUUACAUGAGAGCUAUUGACUUCUUUAAACCCAGGAUCUAGUUUUAAUAGGAUCUAACUUAUUAUUAAAUGUUACAUGGAUUAUUAUAUAAAUGCUUCUUUUGUUUCUGUGCUAUUUGGAUAGUGCUUUUAGGCAAGCAGAAUAUGUCUAGGAGCAAAUAUUUAAUCCAUCAGGGAAUUCAGAUUAGAGGUGACCCUUUUACAGUAUUUAGGUAGGCCUAAUUAAAUAGGUUAAGAUUGAAGACAGGAGCCAGGUGUGGUGGCACAAGCCUUAUUCCUAGUACUGGGAGGUUUGGACAGGUAUAAGUAGUGAGACCCUCUCCCAAAAAAAAAAAAAAAAUUAAGAAAGAAAAACAGAAAACAAAAGAAGACCCCACUGAAAGCUUCAAAUCUUUCCCAUCUUCAAAUCACAAAAAUUCAGACUGGAAAAAUAUCUUAAGUAACUUUUUUUUCUGCUGUCCUAGAGCUAUGUAGAUCAGGCUAGUCUCAAACUCACAGAGGUUCUUCUGCUUCCACCUCCCAAGUGUUGGAUUAUAGACAUAUGCCACCAUCCCGAGCAUAAGGCUGGAUGAUUUUGGAGACAGGUGGCCUAAGAAGGCUUUGCCACUCUAGUUACCAUUCUAGCCUUUUCUUUCUCCUACAUGGGAGCACAUUGCUUUAAUAAGAGAUACGGUAGAAUUAUGCAAAACUUUAUUCAGACAUUAGGAAUUGAUGAUAUGCAUAAUUGCUUUAGGAAAUUGUGAGCAUAUGUUUUUUUUUUAAUUUGGAAUAACUCAAACACAAUUAUGUCUUAACAGCCUAUGUUGCUAUGUAAUAUAGCCCCAUAGAAAGGAUUUACCUCAUAAAGCAUAGGAUAUACUCAAGUGGUAAACAAGUUUUAUUUUCCAAAUUACCAUUAAUUAAGGGUUACUCUUAAGUAAAUAGUAUGAAAAAUACUGCUUUAAAAAACAAUCUUAAGAAAAAUAAACUUUAUUUCCUAAAUACUAUGUAAAUAUUUACAGGAUUUAGUUGUUAUUAGUAAAACAAAACACCAAUCUUUUCGUCUCACCGUUUUCUAUUAGUAGAAUUGCACUUAAUAAAAACUAGUAGUGAAUGGUUUAAGAGUGUGAGGAGUAUGCUAGCGAGUAGAAUUUACUUCGCCCUUUGCAGCCUCUUGUUUCUUUUCAAGUGCUGUGUCCUUAGAGACAACAGUUUAACAUAGGUGUUAAAAUUUGGCUCUUCUACAAAUUAACGUAUCUUAUUCUUAGAUCGUAGAAGAACCAGCAGCUUAAUAUUUACCUAAAAUUGAAACCAGAAAGAAGGCCUUUCAAUACAAGUUCAAUAUAAUUUUUAAUUACAAACACUAAGAUGUCACUAUUCUCUGAUUAAAGUGAAAGAAGAAAUAUACUUCAAGAAAGAAUGGAAGCAAAGCUCAAAAUUAACAUACCACUGUGCUGUUACUGACAGGCACUUGCUUAUUUGAGUAACAAGUCUGCAACUGACAAAACACUGUUGGAUGGGUUGUUCUCACUUUUCUAGAUUUUGAAAAAAAUCAAAGCAGUAUAAAUUUGAGAAUAUAACUAUUAAGAACCAUCUAAGCAGGAAAUGAAGGCUAAAUCGUUGUAAGUUCUUGGAGUUUUGUUUUUUGUUGUUGUUGUUGGGUGUGUGGGUGUAUGUGUGUGUGACUUAAAUAUAUUGUCACGGGACUGGCAAGAUGUCUUCAUGGGUAAAAACACUUGCCACCAAGCCUAACAAAUUGUGCUCAGUUCCUGGACCCUACAUGGUAAGAGGAGAGAAAUAGUUCCUGCAAGCUAUUCUCUGAUCACGUGCAUGCAAUGGCAUUUGUAAUGUUGCAUGUGUGUGGAAAAGUGGGAAACUAAGAUACUGCAACAGAUCUGGUGACUGUGUGAUGAGCUUCUGUUAACAGUAACUCAGAAUGGAAAAUCUAGUCUUGGAUUAGGUUGGUUUUGUUAAGGUACAAAUUGUCUUCUUGGAGAAAUGUCAUUCAGCCAUAAGGAAAUGUCAGAAAAGACGAUGGGUGCUGCGGUGAAAUGAGCCAGUAUUAACUCUGAAUUGACUUUGUUUUCCUGAUUCUUGCUAAUCUCGUAUUUCAUGAAAGAUUAUUUCAGGUCUGUUUUUCUCCUUGGCAAGUCUUUUCACAUUUUUGUCUUUUUUUCAGUUUGAUUCAACUGGGUAAUAAACUGCAUGACCAGAAAGUCAUCCACAUUCAGGCUUAGGGUAAAUCUCUUGCAGGUUGUUUUUCAUUUUAUAUAAAUUUAAGAACAUAAUUUUCAGGAUUAGACAGAUUGCUCAGUGGUUAAGACCACUGACUGCUCUUCCAGAGGACCUGGGUUCAAAUUUUCAGCACCCACGUGGCAGUUCACAACUGUCUGUGACUCCAGUUUGGGUGAUCUUAAAUCAUCACACAGACAUACAUGCAGGCAAAACACCAAUACACAUAAAAAAUAAAAAUAAAUACAAAAUAAUAAUAAAGUACCUUUCCAAAUUACUAAAGUAAUACCUGCAUUGAUACAUUAUCUCCCUAAAUCAAGAGAGAGAUUACCUUUAUAGGUAUUCCAGAAAUUUUAUGGCCAUUCAGUAAGAUCAGUUACUCAGAAUCUGUUUGUGAUUAUUGAUAAACAUUAAAAAGAGAAGUGUUGUACUAUAUGAGGAAUCUAAUAAUUGACAGUUUCAGAAAGUGAGGCUUACAUCCUGUUUUUCCAUCAUUAUAGACUCCAAGUCUACAAAGUGUCCACCUGAGUGUCCAUGCACACACAUACACUGAGCUUACAAUAUAAAAAGCCUUAUGAUGAUGUAUAUUGGCAUUCAUAUCUUUCUAUUUGGUAACUAUUUGCAUUUUAAAAUAAAAUCACUGUGAACUUUAAAGUCAAUUCUAAGAUAUUUUUUCAUAUAAAAGACUAAUAAUGUUGUUAAAUGUACUGUCUGAGUAAAAUAACAAAUGGCACACUUUUCCUAAAUCCUUAAAAUAAGGUAUAUUAGAAAAUGGAAAGGAAAAUCUGCAAUAUCCUAUUCCUGAAUUGUGAUUGUUUCCAGUAAGCAUUUGUAAAUAAAAUGAAGAUAUACAAAAGCUAUUUCUGAUCCUAGAGAUAGUUUUGUCUUUCUACUUUAUCUAUCCCUGCCUUUAAGCAUCUUAACUUUAUGAACACAAGUGAAAUUUAAUUUUAAAAUGUUUGAACUUCUAUACUUUUUAUAAGUUAGCAGAAUCUGGAUUUGAAAAAAAAGAAACUAAAUUUAUUUCUGCUAAUUUCACUUUACUAUAUGUUUGUAUUAUUAAAAGUGCUGAAUGGGUUAACAUCCUGUUUACCACAUGUAAGUGGUAAAUUAUAUCGGUGAAAACCUUGCAUUGAAAUUUGUGUCUAAGUGACUGUUUCGGCAUUGUUUGAAACAUAAACUUGAACCCCAGUAUGACUGAAUUAGAUUUCAUUCUAAUAAAAUGAAUGAAUACUAAUAUGAAUGAAUGAAUACUAAUAAAAUAGUUCUUGUUUCACUGUUCUAAAUAUAGACUCUAUAUUUGGCACCGUUGGCCAAAUAGCUUUGUAAUUUAUUUGAGUUAUAAUUUUUUUAUUGCAAACUUAAUAAUGGAGAAUUCUCCAAAGGAAUAAGAUGUAUGAAGUUGUAUUUAAAAGAACUAGAGCAGGAGUGUUACUCUCUGUUUCUAAACUAUCCAUUUGUUUUAUUAGAAUAUCAUUCAUUUCAAUAAUUGGCCAAUUGAUGAAUCUUUCAGGUAUCCAGAAUAGUGUCUGCAAGAAAUAAAUUAUAGUUAUAUAAGAGCCUUAACGUGGAAAAAAAAUGACUCUUUCGACUGCCUUAAAAUGUGACUAGCUCUCCUUUCCAGACAUACUAGUUUCUUUAGAGUCUGUUAAUCAAUAAUGCCUUAAUAGUGUCCUAAUGUUUCCGAAGAGUAGAACUUACAGGGUCUUCUAGGGCUUUUAAUAUAAUGUAAUGAAUGGUUAGGUAUUAAACCUGAUUGAACAUUAACAAUUUAGACAUGCAAAGAAUAAUCUGGCUGUGCUGAUUGAUGUGUGGUAAAACAUGACUGCACCAUUAGUAUAUUUGUGGUUACUUAAGGUUUUUUGUUUUGUAUAACCAGUUAUCCAGAAGCUGGACUUCCUGACAUAACAUGACCUCCAAGGACCCAUGUUGCAUAUUUAACACUGAAUGAGAAGUACAGAUGUUGAGUUCCAAAAAGAACUGCUUUUUAAGGGAAAUUUUUGAGGCAAAAGACAAAUAUUUUGGUUCAAGCCUUUGAGCAAACUCAUCUAGAGGAAUGAAUAUAGAAUUAAAACAUUGAGACUCUUGUAAUAAAACUGUCAGGCCAGUGACUUGUUUCAUUGAGUUCACAUUUUGUGUUCACUUUGCCUUUCAAAGCAGGAAUAUCUUCUGAAACUGAACAAGUGCUUUAAACUGUCAUGCUGGUGCUUAAAGACGUAUUAAGCUGGUAUGUAACUAACUUAUUUUUAAGGAAAGGAGCAUAGAGUGCAAACAGGCCUUUCCUAGGACGUGUGAUUAACUGAUGCUGUCAAGUCUUCCAGGUUUGCAGUGUAAAUAAUGUGAAACAAUGUGACUUUGCUGUUUUCUAAUGAGGAAUGGAUGAAUGCUUCAUUUCUUACACUUAUUUCAUGAUAAGUUUUCACCCACACUGAGUAUCCUUCAAACUUGGACUUUCCUUCAAACCUUGCAAAAUAAUCUUUUGCAUACAAGUUAUUUCUUACCUGAAAUGGUUGGGACCACAAGUAUGUUAGGAUUCUUUUUUCAAAUAUUGGAAUUAUUUUCAUAUGGGAUAUUCUAUGUGAACCUCAUAUAUAUCAUAUGAAAGCAAAUUUGUCUUCAUGUACUUGCAUUUGACUGUGAUUUGUCAGUUGGUCUGAUAUGGAACUUUCCACGUGGUGUUAUGUUAGCUCUCUCAAGUUUCCAAUUCUGCAGCUUUUUAAAACUUUGGAUUUUCAGACGAGUGAUGCUUAAAUAAGUUAUUUCGGGUGUGGAGUGAGUGGGUACUACAAGAACUGUUGUCACCAGUUUAUUGUAGAAAUUGAUAGGUGUACCAAAUAAAUUUUAUGCAUAUCAAAUAA